AUGAACCCCCAGCAAGACAACAGUAAUCUGGGCGGCCGGCCUCUCACCGGGACGACCGCCGACCUCCGCGCAGGUCAAAUCCCCGCCACGGGUGCCACCACCGGCACUGGAAUGACGGGUCCGACCGCCAUCGGCGGUUCGCAGCAGCAUGUCGACACCGGCCUUCGCCACGGUGUUGCCGGUGACUUCAACGACCCCAACGCCAAGCCCUCGCUUGGCGACAAGAUCAAGGCAGCCAUCCCCGGCCUUUCGCCGACCAACACAACCGCCACUGAGACCACAGGUGCCGGCAUGACCGGUCUGACUGGGUCGCAGCACCCGACCACGACCUCGUCCCACUCGAACGUCAUGGGCAGCAACGUCGGCGCCAACACCGCCAUGCCCGGCCAGACUCAGCACUCCCAUCUCGGCAGGGACGCAGUCGGUGGCGCUACCGUUGGCGGCCUUGCUGGACACGAGCUCCACAAGCACGAGGAGAAGAAGAUGGCCCGUGAGGGCGUCCUCGACAACUCUUCCACGUCGGGCCCCAUGGGCUCGACCAACACGAUGAACAUGCACAGCACUCGCCCCAUCGACAACGCGCGCGGCAUGAAUCCGUUCCAGGACAACACCUCAAUGCCUGGCGCCUGGUCGACAGGUGAUGACACUGCACACCACGCCCAAGGACACACUGGUCGCGAUGCGGUGGCUGGCGGCGCUGCCGGCCUUGCAGGCGGCCAGGCCGUCGAGGACCACGAAUUGAACAAGGCCAUGCGCGACACCAACCUCGGCUCAACCAUGGGCGCCUCUGGGAACACCAUGGGACCCAACACUACCCUUGGCAGCGGUGUGGGAUCAGGUCUUGGCCAGCACGACACCACUCUGGGCGGCCAGACUGCCCACCACGGCGACCACCACUACGGACGCGAUGCGGCGCUGGGCGCCGGAGCUCUCGGCGCAACCGGAGCUGCCGUCCACCACCACGACCAGAACAAGGCCAUGAGGGACAACACGAACCUCGCUGGUGUGGGGUCGGGAGCGACCACUACCGGUUCUGGCCUCGGAACGACCACUGGUACCACUGGCUCUGGUCUCGGCCACAACACAAUGGGCACGUCCGGCGUAACCCCCGGCCAGGAGCACCACUACGGACGUGAUGCCGCUCUUGGAGCGGGUGCUCUUGGCGCAGCUGGUACCGCCGAGCACAACCGCCACGACUUCUCGGGGGUCCCCAACACCAAGCCCACCGUUGGUGACAAGAUCAAGGCUGCCGUUCCUGGCACCUCGCCUUCCACGCACACCGGUACCACCACGCACACCGGUACCACCACGCACACCGGUACCACCGACCAUUCCACAGCCAUGGGCGGCUCCAACGUCACGCCCGGCAAAGAGCACCACUAUGGCCGCGACGCUGCCCUCGGAGCCGGCGCCCUCGGCGCUGUGGGUGCCGCAGAGCACCGCCACCACGAGAAGAAGGAGCUCUCUGCGACAGAGCGCGCCGCUGCCCCGACCUUUGGACCGAACCUCGGUUCCAAGCACACGGCCACUGGCGACCCCCUUGCAGGGCACACCACCCAACACGCGGCCGGCUCGCUCGGCGACGACGGCGAGGACCGCAGCGUCGGCCAGAAGAUCAAGGACAAGGUCGCUGCCAUCUUUGGCAAGGACGAAACUGCCACUGACGCGACGGGUACCAACGUCACGGGCACGCACACCACCGGCUCGACCGGCCUCCAUGACCACCGUGGCGCGGUAGCCGGAGCUGGCGCAGCUGGUCUCGGCGCCGCAGGCAUUGCCGCUCACGAGCACAGCAAGCACAAGGGUGACCGGGAUGCCGCUGGCAAUCUUACUGGUGACCGCGCCACGGGCACAACCGGUGUGACCGGCCUUGGCUCAAACAAGACCACCACCGGUGUCGGCUCGGGCCUUACUGGCAACACUGUUGGCUCUACCGGAACAGGUCUCGGCCACCACGAUGCGACGACUGGCAACAAGGACCACCACCUCGGCCGCAACGCUGCUCUUGGAGCGGGCGCUCUUGGUGCGACGGGCGCUGCCGUGCACCAUCACCACAACAAGGAGGCUGAGCGCGACGCUGCCUAUGCUGCCGGGUUUGGCCCUGACGGCGACGUGGGAGGUACCUUUGGUAAUCGCCGCAGCGACAACACGACCACUGGCCUCGGAAACACGCAGACUGGAUUGAGCCACGAUAGCAACCUUGGCGGUAACCAGCACCAUCUUGGAAGGGAUGCGGCCGUCGGCGCGGGAGCUCUUGGCGCCGGUGGGGCAGCAAUGCACCACCACGACAAGACGCACGGUGACCACCACCUUGGCACUACGACCGGUGGCGUAGCACCCACUGCUGGCACAGGACUCGGCGCAGGUGCGGGCGUCCACGACACCACCUCGCGCGGUCUUGGCCACGACCACCAGGGACUUGGCCGUGACGACAACGUUGGCGACAAGCAGCACCACUAUGGCCGUGACGCCGCCAUGGGCGCUGGCGCCCUGGGUGCCGCUGGCCUCGGCGCUCACGAAUACAAGAAGCACCACGACAGCCAGGGUGUCAACGCCCCCGGUACGACCCACGCUGUUGCGCCCGGUGGCGGUCUCGGCGGCCUGGGUGGCGGCGUUCCCAACACUGGUAACACCAUGGGCACGACAACUGCCACUGGCGUAUCCCACGACCGCACCGCAGCUACUGAGGGUCACCGACACCACCUAGGCCGUGAUGCAGCUGUCGCUGGUGCCGGAGGACUGGCCGCAGGCGAGAUGGCUCACCACCACAACGAGAAGAACCUUGACCACCACGCUGGCACAGGCCUCGGCCGUGACCACCUUGGCCGUGACAAUCUCGGCUCGACCACUGGUGCUGGACUUGGCCACGAACACAACGUCACGGGAACCGGUAUCGGCCGCGACAAUGUUGGUGGUACACACAAGGACCACCACCUUGGACGCGACGCUGCGAUGGUCGGCGCGGGAGGACUCGCUGCCGGCGAGCUGGCUCACCACCACCACCAGAAGCAACACGACAACAACCAGACUGGUGUUGGUCUUGGCCGUGACAACCUGGGCACGAGCACCACCGGAACUGGACUCGGCCACGAACACAACGUUACGGGAACCGGUCUUGGCCGCGACAAUGUCGGUGGUACACACCACGGCAGCAGCCACCUCGGCAGGGACGCUCUUGCUGGCGCGGCUGUUGGUGGUGUCGGCGCUCACGAGCUCGGUAAGCACCACGACCGCCACGACGUGGCCCACAGCACUCAAGGCCGUCUGUCGACCUCGUCGGCCGACGCGGCGACUGCUGCGGAGCGUUCGCCCAACGACGGCUCCGUCCCGGCCCAUGCCGUCCGCGAGCAAGGCAUGACUGCUGAGGACCGCAAGAUGCAAGAGUCGCUCAAGUCUAUGGGCCUCACCAAGGAGGACUGGCGUAACGACAACUUCGAGGCUGUCUCUCCGCCCACGAGCCCUACUGCUGCUGUUACCGGCGGUGAUGGUGUUCGCAACAAGGACAACAUGACGGGCGCUUCCGUGGCGGGCACUGCUCCCACUACCGCCACCGGCCAGCAUGGCACUCAGCACCAUGUCGGCCGCGACGCAGCAUUGGCUGCUGGUGCCACCGGAAUCGGUGCCCACGAGCUCAACAAGCACCACGACAGGACGACUGGCGAGGGUCUCACCGGAACUACCGGACAGCACCACGUCGGCCGCGACGCUGCCAUGGCUGGUGGUGCCACUGGCCUCGGUGCCCAUGAACUCAACAAGCACGACAACCGACAGGCAGGCAACCUUACCGGUACCCACCACUCUACCACGGGUAUGGACCAGCAGUCUGAUCUCUCUGGCACCCAGCACCACCAGCACCACCUUGGACGCGAUGCGGCCGUUGGAGCUGGCGCUCUCGGCGCGGGCGCGCUCGGCAAGCACGAGUACGACCAGCACAAGGAGCACAGGCGCGACCACGAUGCAUUUGACUCCAACUCCCCAGCGCACAUGCGCGGGACCACCGGCUCUACCGGCAUGGGCUCGAACGUGAUGGGCUCCAACACCAUGGGUUCCAACACCAUGGGUUCCAACACCAUGGGUUCCAACACCAUGGGUUCCACUAUGGGCUCCGACACCCUUGGUACGCAGCACCAGCAUGGCCAGCACCACAUUGGCCGCGACGCGGCCAUGGGUGCCGGUGCUCUCGGCGCUGGUGCCCUGGGCAAGCACGAGUACGACCAGCACAAGGAACGCAAGGCCGAAGAGUCGCGCAUGGGCCCCACCGUUGGCGGUACCCACCUCGACUCAACGGCUGCUGGACACUCCGGCCUCUCCGGCGCUUCGGCUGGCCUGCAGCAGCCCCACUCGCACACCGGCCGUGACGCCCUCGCCGGCGGCGCCGUUGGUGGUAUUGCCUCUCACGGGAUCUCUGCUCACCACGACACCUCUCCCCACGCCCAUGGUGGUAUCAUGGACGACAACGGUCUCCGCCACACCCCCAUGACCGGCUCGGCUGCGGACACAUCCUACAACCCCAGCCGCGAGGCCGAGACGUACAGGACCGAAGGUCGCUUCCCCGACACUCACCACUCUCACACGGUACGCGACACCGGUCUCGGUGCCCUUGCCGGCGGUGGUGCUGGUGAGGCCCACCACCACCACCACCAGAAGCGGGAGUAUGAGCGCGAGCAGGCUCGCGAGGAGGGCCUCAUGGCCCCAUCCAACGCGGGUGUCCCCGGCGCCACCCUCGGCGGUGGCAUGACCGGUGUCAACACUCUCGGUCAGAAGCACGAGCAGCAGCACAUUGAGCGCAUGGACAUGCCACCCGACUCGACCAUGCUCGGUCGCUAG